GAAAAGUCUGCAGACAUAAAGGAAGCAGCUGCCCUAGACAUAAUCUACAACCAUGUUUACCCACACAAGAGAAUGUGGAAUGUUUACCAGAUGAACAAAACAGGGAAAGAAAUGGAUUUUUUUGACAUAACACAUUUCAAAAAAAAAUUUAAAAGACAGCUUCGUUCAGCCUUGGGAAACGUCACCAUCAACUUUAAAGAAUAUGAGGAUAAUGCAAUCUGGAUUCGAAUUGCCUGGGGAACACCAUAUAGAAAACCAAACCAGUACAAAACCAGCUAUGUUGUAUACCAUUCACAGACUCCAUACGUCUUUGUUUCUGUCUCAGUGCUUAAGCACAACUUGCCUCUGCUCUGUCAGGCCCUGGUUGCUGCUUCCAAUUACCAUCACAUCCGUGCAAUGGAGCUUCGAAGUCAUGCUUUAAACUCCCUUAAAGAUAUUGUGUUUAAGAGAUAUAACCAGAACUUCCAAACUUAUCCUCCUGUACCUCUACAAGAACACAGUGUAAAACCGGAAAGUGAUUUAAGAACAGUUCAAGAAAACAGAAAGAUGAAAUCAAAAAUACAGAGAAUGAAUCAGGAGAUUUUUGGUAAUGGUCCCCUACCGAAACUUGAAUAUGCACAAUAUAAGCUUGAGACGAUGUUUAAAAGUGAUCCCAAACUGGGUGUUUUGCAUCAAAAAGAACCAUUCAGAUGUCUGGUCAAGUUUUCUAGUCCAGAUCUCUUAGAAUCACUGAAAUCCAUGGCAGCAACGAGUAUGGUUGAUGCACCGCUUUCACCACUGCUUACCUGUAUACCACACAAAGCUAGGAAUUAUUUUAGAAUUAAAGAGAAAAAUGAUUUAUUUUCAGGAGGCUUUCUAAGUCCCUAA